AACACCUAAUGCAGCCUGACGUUUCUGACAGCGAGACAGGUCUUCAAGUCUACACAAUAACUGCAUGUCGGUUAAGGGAUAGGAUACGCAAGGACCGGAGCCCGUGUUCGCAUUUAAUUCUGUGUAAACGUUUUUGCGUUGAGCGCAAACAUGUACCCUUUUGGCAUUACGCACGGCAGGUAUGCGGUGUACGCGCUUCUGACAGUGCUUUUGGCGAUUCAAGCGGAGUCUAAAGAUUUGCCCAUGUGUAAAGAGUCUGAUUACCAUUUUGAGUAUACAGAGUGUGAUGUGCUGGGCUCCCGAUGGAGAGUAGCCGUGCCCAACAAGCCCAACACCUGCACCAGCCUCCCCGACCCUGCCAAAGGAACACAAUGCACAUUCUCCUGCAACACUGGGGAGUUUCUAGACAUGAGGGUCCAGGAGUGCCAGAAGUGUGCGGCGGGGACCUACUCCCUGGGGACCGGGGUGGCCUUCGACGAGUGGGACACUCUGCCGCCGGGCUUCGUCGCUCACGGGGUUAAUCUGGACGCUGGCGACAUCUACAUGAACUGCUCAAACUCCACCUGGACCCCGAGAGGAGACUUCAUCGCCUCCAACACAGAUGAGUGCACAUCCACCCUCUCCUACGCCGUCAACCUGAAGAAGCCCGGCUCCGUGUCCUUCCAGUACCUCUACCCCGACAGCAGCAUCUUCUUCGAGUUCUACGUGCAGAAUGACCAGUGCCAAUCCUCAGAGGAACAAAGCAGCUGGAUGAAAAGCACAGACAAUGACUGGGGCAGUCACUAUGUGCCGCUGAGUAGUGGCAGUAACGUGCUGUACUGGAGGACAACUGGCUUCGCCAUCAACGGCAACUCAGCCAAACCUAUCCUCCUGCGCAACAUCGCCAUCGCAGGUGUGGCCUACACAUCAGAGUGCUUCCCCUGCAAGGCGGGCACCUACAGUGCGGAGCCAGGGGCAUCCAGGUGUGCCCCCUGCCCCGCCAACUCAUACUCCCACAAGGGGGCCACAGCCUGCCAGGAGUGCGACAAAGACCAGUACUCAGGUAUAGGCUCAGGGGAAUGCCUGACCAGGCCUCCAUGCAAUGAGACUGACUACUUCUACACACACACACCCUGUGAUGCCAAUAGGACGACCCAGCUGAUGUACAAGUGGAUCGAGCCAAAGAUCUGCAGUGAGGUUGCCAUAGGAGGGGUUCAGCUGCCGGCCUCAGGGCAGAUGGAGAGGUGCCCGCCCUGCAACCCCGGCUUCUUCAUGAACAACGCCUCCGUCUGCCAACCAUGCGCACACGGCUUCUACUCCAAUGGCACAGUAUGCUCGGAGUGUUCAGCAGGUACGGAGCCGGUGGUGGGGUACGAGUACAAGUGGUGGAACAGGAUGCCCAGUAACAUGAGGAGCUCCGUCUACAGCAGUGACUACAGCGACUCCCAGAGAACCACAGCGUGGGAGGUGGCAGGAGAGUAUGUGUACACCACCCCUGGAGACAUGGAGACAGGCUACAUGAUGCUCACCCUCAGCGUGCCAGGCUAUAGUUCACCACAGGCAAACAGAGAGCUGUCCAGGAUCACAUUCGUGUUUGAGACGAAGUGUACAGCUAGCUGCAUCCUCCUCUUCAUGGCUGGCGUGAGUGAGAGGAACAACGUGGUGGUGGAGAGCUGGCGGGGGACCAAUGGGAAGCAGUCCUACUCUUACAUCAUCAAGAGCAACAGCACCGUCAGCUUCACCUGGGGGUUCCAACGCCACGGCAUGCACACUACGGAGAGCCAGUACAGCUCCGACUUUGCCAAACUCUACUCGUUGAGCAUUUCCAACGUCAUUGGGGGUGUGGCGUCCCAGUGUCGUCACUGUGCCCUGGGGGGGUCAUCUCAAGGUCAAGGGUCAACUUGCGUCCCCUGCCGGCCAGGUCACUACAUGCUGGAGGGUACAGGUGUGUGUAAGGCCUGCCCCCCCAACAGCAUCGUCCGCGCUGAGCAACAGGUGGGACCGGAGGCCUGUGUACGCUGUGGGCCCAACACUUAUCCCAACAAGGCCCACUCCACCUGUCUAAGUGACUGCAAGCUGACGGUAUCCCAGAGAGACGGAGUGGUAGUGGAGACCCUGCACUACGACUUCUCUCCUCUCUCCAACGUCACCAUGGCCCACAGCACACCUCGCUUCACCAGCAGGGGACUCAAGUACUUCCAGCAGUUCAGCAUCGCACUCUGUGGCGGAGAGCGCAGGGCGAUGGCCAGGUGUGUGGACAACAUCACGGAGAGCAGGAAGGAGCUGAGUGGCUACGCGUGCCAGUCCACCAUCGUCCCCUCCGACGUCCGGGGACAGACCGUGGUCUCCUCCCAGCCCUUCAGCAUUGGGGACAACCUCAUGGGAGUCACAACAGAAACAACUCUUGGUGACAUCUCUUCGCCCGCGGACAACUUUCCAAAGGAGACCACGAUACCUGAUGUCAUAUUUUACUACAGGGGAAGCGAGACGACGCAGGCGUGCAGAAAAGGAAGAUCAACCACCAUCAGACUACGCUGUGAUCCUUCUGCGAUAGGAAAUGACCUCAUUUCUCUUCCAAGUAAGUGCUCUGAGGGGACAUGUGAUGGCUGCUCCUUCCACCUGCUCUGGCUCUCCAGACACGCCUGCCCUCUCUGCUCAGAGAGACACUACAAGAAGAUAGAGAGCGCCUGCAUACAGGGCAUCAUGCGGACCACCUAUGUGUGGCAGCAGCCUCUGCACUGCUAUGGCGGGGUGACUCUGCCGCCUCAGACAGUGAGCGCGUGCGUCACGCUAGACUUCUGGCUGAAGUUCGGCGUCUCCAUCGGCAGCGUGGCCGCCCUGCUCCUCAUCAGCCUCAGCUGCUACUUCUGGAAGAGGACACGCAAGCUGGAGUAUAAGUACUCCAAGUUGAUGAUGACGGCUGGGGAGAAGGAGGAGUGUGAGUUGCCCGCUGCAGACAGCUGUGCCAUCAUGGAAGGGGAGGAUGCUGAGGACGAGCUCAUCUACCUCACCAAGAAGUCCUUCUUUGGCAAGAUCAAGUCCUUCUCCAGGGAGAGGACGUCUGAUGGAUUUGACUCGGUGCCCCUCAAGUCCUCCUCAGGGAUGGAGAUGGAGAUGAGCUGAAGCAGCUGGGGCGAUGCCUCCUGACCUCCACACUACAGCCCACCUGAUCUGUGCUUUAUAGUCGUCCCAGUCGGCAACUCUGGGCCCGCCCAUGAAAUUGCUUGUUUUCCUACACGUUUGCUCCACCUGUAUGCUGUAUGUGGUGGUUAAUCAAUAUGCCAAAUGAAUGGCAGUGAUUGGCACCGCACCAUCACAGGUGGAGCAUUCGGAGGGAAAAACAAUGCAGUUUAAUGGGCGGGCCAGAGGAGCCGACUGGGUCAAUGUUCUCGUUCGUGACGAAGCAGUGCUGCUUUUGCUAGGCAGCGGGCAU